AUGUGUUUUCUGGCGGACGUCCUACAAAGUACGCACACAUUACAAAUAAUUCUGCAGGGAGCUCGUCUGAACUUUUUUCAGAUUCCGGUAGAAGUCAACAAAUUGCUCAAUACAUUGAAGUCCGAAGCUGAUCAACCGAUGGAGCCACCAACUUGCUACUUCGCAAAACUCGAUGAUUUCAAUGACAUAGCUUCUAUGUGGGCUGGUGUACGAUUUCGAUCACGCUCCUAUGAGGAAUUCGAUAUUAAUAAAUUCAAUGCAACAACAGUAAAGCCUUUUAUUGAAGCUCUCGUUAAGGAAAUUGAAGAAGCUUUUGAAAUUCCUGAGCAUUUAAAAGGAUUCACUGCCAUCGAUCCGCUUUCGUUUCCAUCCGAUGCGGCCAAUCUGCAGGACUUUGGAAAAGAAGGAAUUAAUUCUCUCGCAUCAUUUUACGGCAAAGCGAACAGCGAUGUAGAAACAGUGGUAUCACCAGUGCUAAAUGGGCAAGCUCUAGUUCAUCAAUACGAAGGCUACAAUGUGUACGUAGUGAAACAUAGCUGUGAAUGGGAAACGAAGCAGAAUACUGCUAUUAUUUCAGCUGAGCAAGAAUUAAAAGGAUUAAAAACACAAAAAAGAAUCAUUAUCGCCACUCCUUAG